AGGAUCUGCAAUACCGGCGUUUUAAAAACAUAACCUAAAAAAUCAAAACGUCAAAGGACGUAAACCACGUAACGUAGAACACUUAUUUUUUAUUUGUGUGUUUAAUACCACAAAACUAAUCAAAAUGGCGCGAAACGCCGAAAAAGCAAUGACAACCCUGGCUCGGUGGAGAGCAGCGAGUUCCGACGGUGGCAAAAAAGAUCAGGAAAGACGUCCCUUCCUGGCAUCUGAGUGCCGUGAUCUAAAAAAAUGUGAAAAGUGGCGUUCACAAAUAAUUCGCGAAAUUGCCAAAAAAGUAUCGCAAAUUCAAAAUGCGGGUUUGGGAGAAUUUCGCAUCAGAGAUUUAAAUGACGAGAUCAAUAAACUCCUUCGAGAAAAAAGACAUUGGGAGGCGCAAAUUAAAGAAUUGGGAGGUCCGGAUUAUUCGAGAACUGGUCCUCGAAUGCUGGAUCACGAAGGACGAGAAGUACCAGGAAAUAGGGGAUAUAAAUACUUCGGAGCCGCGAAAGAAUUGCCAGGGGUACGCGAAUUAUUCGAACAAGAACCUCCACCUCCGCCGCGAAAAACGAGGACGGAAUUAAUGAAGGACAUCGACGCGGACUAUUAUGGUUAUCGCGAUGAUGACGAUGGAAUUUUGAUACCUUUGGAGGAAAAAGUGGAGAAGGAAGUGAGAAAAAAGUUGAUGGAGGAUUGGGCGAGUUCAAAAGAAGAGGGAAAAGACACGGAAGACGUCGAAAUGAGCGACGAAACCACCGCGCAGAAACAAAUUCCCAGUCGGCAGGACAUGCACGAGGCACUUUUAUUAAGAAAAAAACAGGAGCUUUUAGAAAAAUAUUUAUAGUCAAUACUAUCUUGUAAGUUUUUCUCAGGUUUUUUUCCCAUUUUGGAUUAAUAUUUAUGUAC